AUAUUCCCAUAGUAUCUUUAUUUUGGGAAACCAUAAAAAACCGCUCAUGACACGGUGAGGGACGACCUACCAGGCGUAAAGCUAAUAAAAUCAUCUGUAGCGAUAAUCCGCUCUCAAAUUGGCCUCAAUCGGGAACUGAGAAAUUCUACUCGCAGGCUUUCUUUCUCUCUCACACACGCAUACACACACACACACACGCACACACGCGCGCUUCUACUCCACGGCCAACAUUUUUAGACUGCUAUGUCGUGACCGGAGCGAUGCAAAUGUCACACGAUUCAUUGGCUACUGUCAGUCUUCGCCACGAAAACGUCAAUGUUUUGAUGGCGUUUGGAUGAAAUUCGCUGUGUUGCCCGGCCGCUGCUGUGUGGAAGGAGGAUCGGUGGAGAGCCGAGGCUUCGUCGGGCUCGCUUCAGCACCUGGACAGCUCCUUCUCCAGGGUUCCCCGCUGCGCUCGCCGGGGAAACCCUCGGCUUAGGACCGGGUCUGAAUCUAGAGCAGGACACGCAACCCCUUAAAACCCCUACCAACCAAGAGGAUAUUGCACUUAAAAGCUCGUUAUUUGAUCAGUUUGAAUAACAAGAUACCAAUAUGAUCUUGCCUAGCGACGAUGCUUCUUGCAUUUGAGCUUCAGCCCGUCUUUGGUUUUGCACUGAAAUCCAAGCAGCGCAAGUGGGAGCAGCAGAAGCAGCAGUGGUGCUCGUCCAAUGCCAAAGUGCUAAGGAUAGCUGCAGCCUACACACACUGCGAGCCUGCUGCUGCUGCUUCACUUACUCUGAUCACCACCGAGGGAGACAUUACUAUCAGCAAGGGGGCAGCAAGAGGCUCGAUAACCAGUCAACAAUGUAAAUCUCACACAGGUUCAACAUGAAAGCAGCAACUAUCAGGUGAAAAGGUGAACUGAAGCACCAAAACAGCCAGAACUGUGUGGAAUCUUUGUGACCACCAUCUCCACAUCUCUCCUCGAUCCACCAGCGAGCAUCAUGGCAAAUGCUGAGGACGUGGAGCAGACCGGUCUAUCGGACUUGGAGAUCAUCUCCCAGCCAGUGGAGGAUGAGAACCAGUAUUUGGCUCCUCCAGUGCAGCUGGUGAGUUUUGGCUACAGAGAUCUGCCCCUCGCAGCUCUUGACCUCUCGCUGGCUGGCUCACAGCUCCUGUCCAAUGCAGAUGAAGAUGAAAACAGAGAAGGGUCCAACUGGCUGAAGCCUUGCUGCGGCCGGCGAGUGGCCCUGUGGCAGGUCUGUCUGCUCAGCGCUGGCUUCAACUGUAUCCUGGUGGCCUGCGUCAUCCUGGUGGUGCUUUUCCUGUCCUUGGAGCUGCUCAUAGACACCAAACUCCUGCAAUUUUCCAAUGCUUUCCAAUUUGCCAGCAUUAUACAUUGGAUCAGCCUUAUCAUCCUGUCACUCUUCUUUUCAGAGACUGUCUUCAGAAUUGUAGUGCUUGGGAUCUGGGACUACAUAGAGGACAAAGUUGAGGUGUUUGAUGGUGCUGUCAUCGUGCUGUCCCUGGCCCCCAUGGUGGCCUCCACGGUGGCCAAUGGGCCCAGCAGCCCCUGGGAUGCCAUCAGCCUCAUCAUCACUCUACGCAUCUGGAGGGUCAAGAGGAUCAUAGACGCGUAUGUACUACAAGUCAAAGUUGAAAUGGAAUUGGAGAUCCAACAGUGUGAGAAGACCAAGGCUGUGAGAGAGGAGCAGCUGGAGCGUCUCACUCAGAUCUGCCAGGAACAGGCUUUUGAGAUCAGGCAGCUGAGGGCCCAUCUGGCCCAGCAGGACCUGGACCUUGCUGCAGAACGUGAAGCAGCCAUGCAGAUCCAGCAUGUAUGGAGCAAACAGGGCAGGAGUUUUCAGGUUGUAGAAGGCUUGACUCCUGGGGAGUCGGACGAUGAAGGCAGCCAGAGAAACCCCAGGGAGCCUCAUGCUAUUGCAGAUCCAGUUGUACGUGAUGACAUGAACAACUACAUCAGCCAAUACUACAGCGAAGCAAGCAGUGAUGCCGGAGCUUCUGGUUUAGGUGCCCGGGUCAUCACCAUGGCAGCCAUCGAUGUUCACCUCCCCACCAAUCCAAAUCCAAUCCAGUCAAACUCGAUGCUUAGUGAGCAGGUGGGCAGUGCCGUGAGUGACGCCUCAACCAGCAUAUCAAGAUCCAGUGGCAGCCAGACGGCCCGCCUUCACAGCCUGAGUAGACACACCUCAGGUUUGUCUGUGACAGACUCCAGCAGCAGCACAGCUCAGGACCUCAGUCUGAGCUACAACACCCAUCACUACUGCCCUCCUUCCUUCUCAGCCAAGGACCCCAGCAGGGACCCAAGCAGGAACCCUUGCAGGGACCCCAGCAUGGUGGUGCAGGAGCUACUCUCCUCCCUCUCUGAGGAUUCCUGCCUUGCUCAAAAGGGCCUGGUAGUAGACCCUGUCAACCUUAAGCUUCCCAGCCCUACUGGCUCAGAAAAGGCCAGCCCUGAGUUGGACAACAGAAUAAACAUCUUCAACCGCAGGAACCAGGAGGAGAGACGAGCCCGGGGAAGGGGUUGUGUGCUGUUGCAGACUAAGCCACUGAUCCACCUGCAGGGCAGCACUACUAGGCCGUCCCUGGAGGAGAAGUACCGGCUCCUGGGACCAGCUGACACACCUCUGGGGCACAUGCCUGAUACAUAGGCUACAUUUACACAGAAACAAGUAUUUUUGUCUUUUACUGCCACCUUGUUUUAAAUUUUUUAAAUUGGAUUUUCUUUGGCUGUGUAAAUCCAGUCUUAGCCAAUCCUGAGCAAGCUUAAGCCUUAGCUUCCACUUAACACUGAUGCUCCUUAAUUUGACAUGUUUAGAGGUCAGUAGUAGAAAUGACAAUUAGAACUCUUAGGCCCUUUGCCAUACUGUCCAACCUCCCCUGUUCCUCCUAGAUGGAUUUUUAAAAUCAGAAAUUCCCUGGCAUAGCACAACAAAGACUAGAACAUCCCAGCAAAGGAAAGUCUAAUGUGUUCUUGGACACCUUCUUCAUCAGGAAUCCUCACUUUGAAAAGGUCCUAAAUGCACUGAACUUUACAUGAAUUAAAACCAGCAAGGGGCCAUUCAAGCCUCUACUGAUCAAAAACGUUAAUUCUGAAUUGUGUUGCAAACCAAGACACUGUUCUUGGAAUUUCAAACAGUUAAAAGGAGUGUUUUUUAUUGCAUUUUUCUUGUUAUUUUGUUCAUUUUAAUUUGUAUGAUCAACUUUCAACAUCAGUCAUGCUGUUUUUUGUUUAAACAGCCACAGGGUAAAUACAACUGGCUUAACUAUACAGCAACAACUGGCUAUUGACAGACAAUUUCUUUCUUUUUUUACCUUUGCCUUUUUGUCAAUUUGUUUGAUCUGAAACCAUUGACCACCAUUAGAAUUAUUUGACUAGCAUUUUUGUUUUACUUGUAAAAAAAAAAGAAAAAAAAAAAAAAAACAUAAGUAGGGUAUAUUUGUGUGGAUGAACUGAAAAGGUAAGUGACAUGAAACUAGAUUGGAGUGCUUGUAGCAUGAACCUUUAAAAGAUAUGUGCCCUAAAUGGCAAGCAAAUUCUUUGCACUUUAAUGUUUACAGACACUUUUGUGAACUUGAUAUGGAGGAAGUUAUUGCCAAAUGCAGGUGUUUGUCUUUUGAAUGAAAAAAGCAAAAAUAAAAGUUAGUAUUUCCCUAA